CAGCCGCGGGAAGCCCGCCCUAGCUGGGCUGCGCGCGUGUCCUACCGCCGCUCGGCUCGCUCCACCCCGGCCGCUCUUCCUCCCGCCAGUACCUCUCCCAUGUGCUGCCAUGCGACCUCCGGCGUCCCGCUCCGGGCUGGGCGCCUUGGCGCUCGUCCUGGUAGCCUGCGCCUCUCUCUGCACAGGUCUAACGUGUGUGUGCCAGUUGUGUGAAAAAACAAACUUCACCUGUGAAACUGAGGGAGCAUGCUGGGCUUCUGUCAUGCUAACAAAAAACGGUAGACAAGAAGUAAUAAAGGCGUGUGUCUCCCUGCCACAACUGAAAGCACAAAUCUUCUGCCACAGUUCUAAGAACAUAACCAAGACAGAAUGCUGCUAUACAGAUUUCUGCAACAACAUCACCAUUCACCUGCCCACAGGUCCAGAUGCUGCAAGGAAAUCAAAGCUGGGCCCUGUGGAACUGACGGUGGUUAUAACUGUACCAGUAUGUGUCUUGUCUAUAGCUUUAAUGCUGACUCUGUGCACACAUCAAGGCAACAACUGCAGAUUCAGGAAGAAAAGAAGACAAAACAUUGAAGAGCCUCUGUCUGAAUGCAGUCUGGUGAACCCAGGGAAGACUCUCAAAGAUCUGAUUUUUGAUAUGACGACGUCAGGUUCUGGAUCUGGCUUGCCUCUGCUUGUCCAAAGAACAAUUGCAAGAACAAUAGUUCUUCAGGAAAUAGUAGGAAAGGGUCGAUUCGGCGAAGUCUGGCGUGGAAAAUGGUGUGGAGAAGACGUGGCUGUGAAGAUCUUUUCCUCGAGAGACGAAAGGUCUUGGUUUCGUGAAGCAGAAAUCUACCAGACCAUUAUGCUGAGGCAUGAAAAUAUCUUGGGUUUUAUUGCUGCCGAUAACAAGGAUAAUGGGACUUGGACUCAGCUGUGGCUUGUCUCGGAAUACCAUGACCAAGGUUCUUUGUUUGACUACUUAAACAACAACACUGUAACAGCCAACGGCAUGAUCAGGCUGACAUUUUCCAUAGCAAGUGGCUUAGCCCAUCUUCACAUGGAGAUCGUUGGCACUCAAGGCAAACCAGCCAUUUCCCACAGAGAUCUGAAAUCUAAAAACAUUUUAGUCAAAAGGAAUGAAACCUGUGCCAUUGCUGACCUGGGACUGGCUGUCAAGCAUGACUCUCUGUUGAACACAAUUGAUAUACCUCAGAAUUCUAGAGUGGGAACCAAGAGGUACAUGGCUCCAGAAAUACUUGAUGACACGAUGAACAUAAGUAUCUUCGAGUCCUUCAAGCGUGCAGAUAUCUACUCUCUUGGGCUGGUGUACUGGGAGAUAUCCCGAAGAUGCUCAGUUGGAGGAAUUGUUGAGGAGUACCAGUUACCUUACUAUGAUGCUGUGCCUUCUGAUCCUUCAAUAGAAGAUAUGAGAAAAGUAGUUUGUGAGCAAAAACAUAGACCAAAUAUCCCAAAUCAGUGGCAAAGCUGUGAGGCACUCAGAGUAAUGGGCCGGAUAAUGCGCGAGUGCUGGUACGCCAAUGGGGCAGCUCGACUGACAGCGCUUCGCAUUAAGAAGACCAUUUCUCAGCUCUACGUACAAGAAGAUUCCAAAGCUUAGAUUUGCACACCCCCACAGAAGAGGAAAGGGGGGGGAUUCUAUUGGUUUUUUUGUGUUUUGCAUUUGUUUUGAUUUCUCUCUCUCUCUCUCUCUACCUCACAUGAUGCGGAGCACAGUAUUUAAGAGCCCAAAGCAGAGUACUGGAAAUUAACUUCAUUGGUUGUUCAAAGGUUAAUUUCCAGCUGGUUCAUGAUGUCCACAGACUGCCUUGCCUGGUUAAUGAAAACGGGAUCUGGUCCACCCAAGUGUUCCACUGUGGGACAUCACUUGCCCUGCACCUGCCAUGCAAGCCCUUAAGCAUUUAAGGCACAACUGAGAGAGCAUGGAGGAGGUCAGGAUGCAACCACACCUAGGACUUUUGUAGUCUGUGCAGAUGGUAUGCAAAGUAACUGAAGAAACUAGAGCAUUUAAGGUUUGCAUUCUAAGUGAAACCCGAAUAUAAUAUUCUGCGUAUUUAUUCUGUGCUAAGAUAUAUUGCCUGCCUGAGCCACACUCCCCCCCCCCCCUUCUGUAAAUCUCACAAGAUGAAUAGCUUUUCAGGUCAUCUAAAGAACUGAGACUUAAGCCACGAGACCUCACACAACAUAGACCUAGAGCUUUCUUCCUCAUGGGAUUUCAAGUGUGACUACAGGCUAGAAGGUAUGUCUUGGAAAAUCUCCAUGGGAUCUGGAGCAUUAAUAUGCCCA